GCGGCUGCUUCCGGCGGCCCGUGACCCGGAAGGACUUCCGCUCUGGUGCCCUCCCUUCCGGCGGCGUCUCCAGGCAGCCGAAGCGGCCUCUGCUCCUGCCCCUCGGGCUCCAGGCUGGAAGGGGAGGAGCCAUGUUAGAAGACACGGGGAGCCCCCUGAGGACGGGCGUGCUCAGAGCCUUGGACCUCCCGCUGUCCUGGUGCCAUUCUCUGCUCCAGAUCAGAUUUUCUCCUGGGGUUAAGAAGCUGUUGGCAGUGACUGCCGUGAGCGCAGUUUCUGUCCUCUUUCUGGCCCAUCACUUUAAGAGAAGACGUGGAAAGAAGAAAAGGAAAGGGUUGCCAUGGGAACCUGGGCAUCUGCUCCUGGAAUGUGCUAAAACUGCAGCGUCUGAAAAAGGUUCCAGCUGUUCGAGCAGCCGACAAAACCUGACCCUGUCCCUGAGUUCGACCAAAGACAAGGGGUCUCAGUCCGGCGUCUACACCAACGGAGGCCUUUUCAGCAAAUACUCGGGCUCUGUCCAGAGCUUAGCCUCAGUCCAGAGUGCCAACUCUUGUCAUAGCUGUGCUUGUGGCAAUUCUAAUUCCUGGGACAAGACGGAUGAGGAGGAUUUAAAACUUGUCAAUAUUCCUGUGACCACUCCUGAAAACUUGUACUUGAUGGGUAUGGAGCUGUUUGAGGAGGCCUUGCGUCGAUGGGAACAGGCGCUCACCUUCCGCAGCAGACAAGCCGAAGAGGAAGCCAGCUGUGGCGCUGUCAAACUGGGCGCUGGUGAUGCCAUUGCUGAGGAGAGCAUUGAGGACAUCAUCAGUGCUGAAUUCAUCCACAAGCUGGAGUCCCUGUUGCAGAGGGCCUACCGUCUCCAAGAGGAGUUUGAAGCCACUCUGGGGGCCUCAGAUCCCAAUUCCCUCGCUAACGACAUCGACAAAGACACUGAUAUCACCGUGCGGGGAAAUGCAGAUGAUUUUGGCCUCCGAGACACAUUGAGCAUCGCUUCGACAGAUUCCUUUGUGUCAGCGACAGAGCUCACAGAACACCGAGAGGGGCGGCCCCCAUACAGCUUGGACUUUCUCUGCCACUGUCCUUUGUACGAAGAAGCCAUGCACUUGGUUGAAGAGGGGAAAAUUUACUCCAGGGUGCUUAGAACCGAGAUGUUGGAGUGUCUUGGAGAUAGUGACUUUCUGGCCAAGCUUCACUGUAUCCGACAGGCUUUCCAGGUCAUUCUUUCAGAAACUGCCAACAGGACAUUUCUUGCUGAGAGUGGAAGAAAAAUUUUAUCGGCUUUAAUUGUGAAGGCAAGAAAGAAUCCAAAGAAAUUUGAAGAUGUUUUUGAUGAAAUGAUCUGUUUUUUAGAGCAAACAGACCACUGGGAGAACACUGAAGUGGAACUGGCCGCGAGGGGGGUGAAAAAUCUAAAUUUUUAUGACAUUGUCUUGGAUUUUAUAUUAAUGGACUCCUUUGAAGAUUUGGAAAACCCCCCCACAUCAAUACAGAAUGUGGUCAAUAAUCGCUGGCUAAACGCCUCCUUUAAAGAAACUGCUGUGGCGUCCAGCUGCUGGUCAGUGCUCAAGCAGAAGAGGCAGCAGAUGAAGAUUCCUGAUGGUUUCUUUGCCCACUUCUACGCCAUUUGUGAGCACGUCAGUCCCGUAUUAGCCUGGGGCUUUUUGGGUCCAAGAAACUCCCUCUACGAUUUAUGUUGCUUCUUUAAGGACCAAGUCCUCUGUUUCCUCAAAGACAUCUUCGAUUUGGAGAAGGUCCGCUACUCUAGCAUGGAGACACUGGCUGAAGACCUCAUGCAGCUGCUGAUGCGCCGCACCGAGCUUCUGAUGGCGUACCUGGGCACCGACUCCCUGAGACACACCAGCAGCUGUGUGAGCGGCCACAGCCACACCGUGUCCAGCGGGCUGGUGGAAGCCCGAGUCCAGUGAGGGGCGUGUGUGCAGCUGGGCCAUGCGGGUAGAGUAUGGAAGGGCCGUGAUCCCCAGGAAGCCCCCUUUCUGGGAUGGGCAUUUUCCACAGUGGUUGCUUGUGAUUGGAGCCCGUCCUUGGUCUGUGGAGGCAAUUGGCUGACCCCUGGGAGGACCUGUUGAGUAAACAUUCUCCAACGCCUCGCUGUGGCCCUCGGCCCUGACCGUGCGGCCCAGUGUCCAUUCGUUAGGUUCCUUCUCUGUGACCAUGUAUGUAUUUCACUGCCUUGAAAGUGCAUCUGUACAUAUCAGCUGUCUCCUUUGUGUUUCAAGCCCAAAUAACUGAUGUGGGAAAUAGCGAUCACCCCCCUUUAGGCAGCAGUGAGGUCUAAUGUGCGCUCUGUAUCAUUGCUUAUGGCAUUUAAUCAAGGAAGCUGCUGUGGCUCCUGAGGGUCAGCAUGAUCUGUUUCAAGGAAUCAGCCCUUUAGGGGGGCAAUGGACGAUUUCUCAGUCAAGCUACUGCUCCCAAUUCUGUAGGUUACAGUCAAGAGGGCAAAGACCCCCGACUAGGGUGUGACGUCCCCAGGAGUUCGGUGUUGUGAUCCCCUACAGUUUCUGGCAAAACUCCCCUGUGAAGUUUGGGCAGAUUUCUUUUUAGCUGUGGCUUUUGUUCCUCCAAAUUUAACCCCAGAGUAUUUCUAGCCCUAGGAGAUUGGGUCGUUUCAGGAUCCACAUGGCGGAUGCUUUCUCCUGUGCUUUAGCUCUUUCUUGGGCUCCAGGCUGUGGGCAGGAAACUCCAGGGUUGGGGGGAGGGAGGGAAGCCAUUUUCCUCCUGAGUUGUCUUUUGCUCCCCAUAAGGAGUUCUCUGUGUAGGUGACCUAUCGUGGUUUUAAAACAGCAUUUUCUGUGAAAGUGCCUGGUUUCUCUUCGUCAUGAUGUCAGCAUGAAGCAGGAAAAUCACAAUCAUUGUUUGAAAUGAGGAUCUGCACGACAUGGCCAUGAUGGGAAUGACUGCUGGGACAGGACAAUCAGAUGCUUCAGGCCAUUGGUUUGCACAAGUUCAGGUGGUGAACACAGUCACUGGCCUGGGAUUUCCCAAGAGAUGAGAUGGAAGGUUCCCUCAGGUUUUCUUUCCCAAUUUGGAGUCUCCUGUGUCCCAGGAAGGCUUUCUUAGCUUUUCAUUCUCUGAGCCGUGCAGUUCUGUUGGAUUUUUUAUUGUUCUUACAACUCAGGCAGAACUGAGUUGUGCUUUAUAAAUAGUGUAUCGACUUUCUAAUUAAACACUUUGAAAUGAGAUUUUAUUUCGUGAUGACGGUUAUAUUGUUGUUAUCUAUUUUAGAAACCAGACUAUGGGGGGAAAUUUAUAUAUUAUUUUUAUGUUUGACACAAGAUUUGUCUGAAAUCGGUUUUGAGAAAUGGCACAGUUUAAUGCGACCUGAAAGUUUGUUUCAUUGGCCAGUGCGUAUAUUUUUGUGUUCCCUGAAAGCGUAUUAAUAUGUUUUUCCCUUAUAGAAUUUUCACUCUCAGCGAGUGUGAUUAUAUGCAAGUCUGUGGUUUGUUAUGCAAGUGGUUGAAUUGUCCUCUCCCCUAUUUCAUUGUGGUUGUUGUGGAAGGAAGGUGGUCAGCCUGCCAGCUGUCUUUCCAGCCAGAGGUUUUCUGUGUGGCCUUCAAUGAAAGGGACGAUAGUGACCAAAUAGAAUUUCAGGGAUUUCCACGUGGAAAAGGCCUCUCCUUUAGGAAGAAGAGCUUAUCUUGGCCUCUUGGUGGGAAGAGCUGUCUUUCUGAAAAUCGAGGGUCAUGAACAGCAGUUUCCAUUUGCCUUAAAACUGGAUUAUAAAUGCAGAGAAGGUCUUGUAGGCUAUCAAAUGAGCAGAUUUUAGUAGCAUGUGGGGUAAAAGCCUGUCUAGGUAACUCAUUUUUUGUGGUGCUGAUUACAAAGAAAACGUGCGUGAUCUCCAUCAGAUACAUCCGUUUCCGGUCCUCAGAGGCUCUUUUGCUCGCAUUCUGUACACUGACGAUAGCUUUUUGUCAGCUUUUCAAGCUGGAAGAAGCCAGUCUUGAGGCGAUUUCAAGGCCUUUCUCCAUUCCCUACCAUGGUUAGCCACAUAUAUUUCCCCCUGAUUUGAAAGGCCAGUCCUUUUCUUCUUUGCGUGUUUUGUAUGUUCUCAAGGAAGAAGGGAAUACAUUUCAAACUCUUUCCAGGCAUGUGCUCUGUGGACAACUCCAAGGGAGCCUAGGAAGUAGGAAUGCUGAAGAGAAGUGGAAGUAGACUUCCCCAUGGCUUUUCCUGCUCAGAAGUUAAGAUCGCCAUGAAUCCCCCAUUUGGCCUCUUACAUUUCGACUCUAAAAGUGUCAGGAAAGUGUCUUAAAUGUGGGCUUUGGAGUCGUGAAAUGACUCGGUAGGAUCCGGUGUGGAAAUGUCAUGGCAGACAAGCAUGCUUGGUAAUGAUGUCACCCUUUAUUUGUUCUUAAUGACUGUACUCUUGUUAAAAUUACUUGUUUUGUUUGGGAAACUAAGUAUUAACUGAAAUGAGCCGAUGCCAAGCAAUGUUUCUUCUUCUUCUUGCCUAAAUGUGUGGUACUUCACUCAUUCAUCUCUAUCGCAAUGAAGCACUGUUAAAUAGAACCAUCGCAGAAAAAUAGCACUGACCCCCUGACCCCACCUGCAAUAGAUAUGAAUGUGUUUCUAUUACUGCCAAAUAAAGGACUGAUAAUGCCUUUUA